AGUCGCCGCAAUUACCACCGAUAUUGCGAAUGUGUAUAUGAGGAUGUAACAAAUCGCGUGGAUGGUGAACAUCAACGAUAACAUGCGAGUUCUAGAGUAUUUGAGUAAUAUGGUGUCAAUUUGAGGGAACUCAAGGAGCAAUAGUCAGGUCUUCCGUUGUAAAUAGAAAAAAUGGCGUCUUCCGAUUUUCAUCGUCAAUCGUGUGUGACAUGCUUCGUGGUGCUUCUAGUCUCAUCUGUGAUAGCCAUAACCAGCCACAAGGAAAAACACCCCCCUGGUGACAGUAAGGGGACACAGCUUCUCCAGUGGGGCGUCAAACUCAACAUGAACGAUUUCAUCAACAGCGAUGCGAGCAAGGAGGAAAGAAAUGAUAUCGCGGAUAUCGUCGCUGCCGGAUUGGGGUUAAAGAAUGACGGGAAUGUUGGGGGGUUAACGAACAUUUAUUUAUUUUCUCACGCAUAUCAUAAAAAUAACACGCAGGACCGUCUGCGGCGGGAUGCGACGGACCAUGAACGUUUGAAACAUAAGAAUCCCGAGGCGCAUCAUAUCGACCCGAAGAAAAUGGAUGAUUUGAUGUACAGGGCUUAUAAAAAACAAAAUGACGGCAAAAUCAGUCGGAAAGAAUAUUUAAAAAUACGUGAUGAGAUUCAUAAGAAGUUUCAUGACGAUAGUGCUGUGGAGUGGUUCGAACCGCAAGUGAUAUUGAAACGGUCGCCGCGCCGGAUUAAGGCUGUGAUAGAGCCCCACGUGCCGACGUUUAAAGAUCCGUACUACGUGAAGCAGUGGCAUCUGCUGAACCGCAAAUACCCGGGACGUGAUAUAAAUGUGACGGGCGUUUGGGCGUACAACGCCACAGGCCAUGGAGUGACUGUUUGUAUCAUCGAUGACGGUGUCCAGUGGAACAGCCCAGACAUCCAAGCCAACUACAACGCGGCCGGGAGCCGCGAUCUCAACGACAACGAUGAUGACCCAAUGCCACAUGCGUGGAAGAGCAAUAAUAAUCACGGGACACGUUGUGCUGGAGAAAUAGCCGCCGUCCCAAACUCGGUGUGUUCUGUUGGAGUGGCCUACAAUGCUCGGGUAUCCGGUAUCCGGGCGCUUGAUGGACCAAUCACGGACAGGCUGGAAGCUGCGGCUUUUACGACGAAAUUACAAGUCAACGAUGUGUUUUCUAUGAGUUGGGGUCCGGACGAUGAUGGUAAGACGGUGGACGGACCACACACCAUGGCAAAGGCAGCCAUCGUCAAGGGCAUCGAGACUGGUCGCCGUGGUUAUGGUAGUAUCUACGUGGUCGCUAGCGGCAACGGCGGUCGCUAUAUCGACAACUGCAAUUUUGAUGGCUAUGCAAAUUCCCAUUAUACAGUUACGAUAGGGGCAGUGGACGAGGAAUUGAACAUCCCGUACUAUGCUGAGGAGUGCGCGGCCAUCAUGGCCGUCACUUACAGCAGCGGGAGUUUGGGAUCGCAACGAAGUAUCGUGACGACUGAUUGGACGUUGCGGGGCGGUAUCGGGUGUACGGAGUCUCAUUCUGGUACGAGUGCUGCAGCGCCGAUCGGCGCAGGAAUGAUCGCGCUCAUUCUGAGUGUGCGCCCUUGUCUGACAUGGCGGGACGUACAACAUCUUAUUAUUUUAACGAGCUACAAGGUUGAUGUGAAGGGUGCCGAUUGGGCGACCAACAGUGCCGGCCUACACCACAGCCACCAGCAUGGCUUUGGCCUAAUGGACGCCUGGCGUCUCGUCAACGCCGCUAAAAUAUGGCCGCUGGUGCCAUUCCUGACGUCUUUCACUACGCAAGAUUUAAAAGUCAAUGCGAAAAUCCAGAAAUAUCCACUAAUAUAUUCGACUACGCAUACAAUCACCAAGAAGAUGUUAAAUGGUCUCAACUUAUUCAGUCUCGAGCAUGUCUUUGUUUCCAUCACGGCUACGCACAAACGUCGCGGUUACAUGGAGUUCAAGUUGAAGUGUCCGAGCGGCAUGGUGUCAAUCAUCGCUGCAACCAGGGCGUUAGACGCGAGUACGAAAGGCUUGAAUGACUGGGCAGUCAGCACAGUGAGAUGUUGGGGUGAAUCACCGCUCGGGACGUAUACCAUCAUAGCCACAGACAGAGGUGCCUUGGAUGGACCUGUCCUCCCAGAGGGUACGUUUGUAAAAUGGAGGCUGACACUCUUUGGUUCAUCUGUCACACCGGAGGCCUACAAGGAGAGAAUAAGGAAAGUACACGCGUCGUUUAGCGGCUACCCUCUCCAGACAAAUACGACGAUCGCGUGUCCACCACCACCGCCGUUAACGGACAAUGGGUCACCCAUGGCGGAGAAAACCCUCAAGACGUCUGGUCGUUUAGAUUCAUCCGGCUUCCAAAGCCCCUCGGGAGCCCCCUCACUUACAAGAUCCAGGAUCCUUCUUCUUGCCAGUGUCCUAUGUGUUGUCAUGGCUGCCUAUGAAACGUUCGAAUACAUGUGCUGCUAUCGUGACGAGAAACGCGAGUCCAAAGAAUAUCUGCAGCUCCAGCAGCGGGCGCGCCGGAUGGCGCGGAAUGGGCGCAACGGUGGGCCAAUCAACAAUGGCGAGAAUCAGGGAUUGUUAGACACAGCAGCAGAAGAUGAGGAGGACAUCGCGUUGGAAACUUUCCGCAUAAAUCGACAACCGAGAAAUAAAAACAAUAGCGCCACAGAGCGACAGAAUUUAGAGAUUGCCAAGCAUGAUACGGUGCCGUACGCCGGUGGGGCGAAUAAUUACCCCGCUUCUAAUUCUUCCAACAUUCCUCAAGAUAUUUUGAAUAAACUCUCAACCGAGGAAAUAGCGCUGAAUAUGAAUACACCCGGUGAUGCAAAAACGCGGUUGAGUAUAAAACCUGGUGCUAGUAAUAUCGGCCCCGCCCAAUUUUCAAAGCCUCAAGGCGGAGCUAGCAAUUUUCCAGCCUCCAAUUCACCUCGAAAUGGAGUUAGCAAUAAACCAGUAGCCACCAAUUCAUCCGUAGGUUCAGAGCCAGCAUCACAUGGUCCAUCCUCCAAUAUUGAUCUCGUAGAAACAAAUGAUGAUGAUGAACUUUUUUCUAGAAUCCGAGAUUCAUGAUGCUUGGAAGUGAAUAGCGAUACUUCUGUAUGUUUUUUACCGAAACAAAAAAAAGGUGCAGUGAACGGGUCUAUAGCCAGCUUUGUAUUAGACAUUUUGUAUAAAUUGUUAUUUCUAUAUAUGUGCCAGGGAUAAGGGCAGGCAAAAGUUAAAAAUUGUUUCUUGUCCAACCUGCUCUCAAAACCUACCAUUAUCUGUCGCCAUGAUAGUCGGAGGACACUUUUUCCGUGGGGGGGGGGGGGGGUUCUGUGGCCUCUGUCCAGAACAAGUUGAUCUCAAAGUCCUUGCUGUUGACGUCUAGGAUUUGUUCAAAAGACUUGGCAAGGGGGAUGGAUGGGACUGGCUCAAUCAAAAAAAGAGGGGACAGAGUAUUUUGGUCAAAUUUAUCAUAUUUUAAAAUUUCGUGCCAAAUUUAUUCGUGGUCAGUUUCAAAGAAUUUUGAGAAGUAACUUUUGUGAGUCUUAUACUUUUAUCAUCCCUUCUUUGUGACUUGCAUUUAAGCAAUUGGCCUGAUCAUGACCUCGUAGAAAGGUGGUUACAGUAAUUGUGCAUGUUUGGUGAGGUUGCCUGUUAUAGUCAAUGUUAUCGGGUGUGGGGUUAAUAUUGGGGUUAAUGUUUGGAUUCGGAAAUAUUUAUCGGCAGGAUCGAGAUGGAAAGAGCUUGUCUGCAGAUCACUUUGUGACAGAGUUUAACUGUGAUAUGAGGUGGUCAUGGGUUCAAUUAGGACUUGACCCUAAAUUGAAAGCAGUGGCCGUUGAGUGGUGGUGGGGGGAUCAGGGGGGGGGUCUAAAUUGAGUGAAAUGUUAAAGGUGAACACCACGCACUUUGUAUUUACUGGUGGCUCAGAAAAAUAGAAAUGCAGUUAUACACAAUGCCAUAGUGCAGUUUCGUCCAAGCAAAUUUGUUGAAAUUUGGCAUGUAUAGUAUUUGUGUAUCUGUCUCCAUAAAGGUAGUGUUGACAUUUCUCUUCAGUGCGUAUUCACACAAUUUGAAAUUUUCCAAUUCACUUUCAAAUUUCAAAUUUUCAACCAAUAGCGUCGACCUUUAAGAUGUCGCCACAAAAAUCCUAUAUCAUGGAGUGCUGUCCACACCAGCCAUACUAUACAGUAAAACCUCCCUUAGCGGACACCUCUCUAUUAAGGACAACCUCUCUAUUAAGGACACUAGCUUUGGUCCCAAGUUGGUUGUUUCCAUUCGAUUUGACCUCUCUAAUCUGGACACCUCUCUAUUAAGGAGGGCAGUUGUCAGUCCCAUGGGUGUCCUUAAUAGAGAGGUUCUACUGUACCUGCUCUAGUCUGUAAAUAUGUUUAGUUAUUUAUUCAUGAAGUUGUCUUCCACUGCACUGUAGGUGGGGUGACUCUGACCCAAGUAGGCUGACGUGCUCCACCCAACAGUUAAAACAAUGCGUGGUAACUGGUCACUUUCACCCCACUCUGGACCAAAUUGGGCCAAAGUGGGGUGAAGUUAGCCCAUAUAUUUCCACCCCACAGCCUGAACCAUGCAUGGUAAAUGUUCUUUUUCAACUGUAUCAUUGUAUAAAAGUCGUUGAAAGAUAACUCAAGGGGUAAACUUAUCACUGUUUAGCCGAAACAAGAUUUUGGUUGGUGGGUUAUAUUCACCCCACUCUGGGCAAUUUUCACCCCGCUUUAUGGUAAUGUGUCUUAUUGACUAUAUUAAGUCUUCACUUGUAAACACUUUGCCGUGACCUGUCUGUCAAAUAUUAUAGCUGUUGUGGCAUUUAUUGGGUUGACACAUUGCACUUUUUUGACAAUUUGCAAAACCAUAAGGCCGCACCAAUUUGAUUGUUAGUUUAACAGAUUUUUUGAACACACCAAAGAAGCACGUGGGGAGAAAACAAGAAAAAGGAAAGGGUUAUCUGUAAACAAACAAUUAAAUUGGUGUGGCCUAGUGAAUGGGGCUAAGAAUUUUGUUUGUAUGAAUCACAGCUGUCUUCCAACCUUUACAGUGUAUUUUAGAUGUGUUGUGUUUCAAUACCAUACCGCUUUCAGAAAUGCUCAAGUUUCUCCAAUAUAAGACUGCUUCAAUAAGCACUAUGAAAUCAACACAAAGCCUGUACGGAGUAUGUUUUCAUUCUACUGUAAAUCUGUCGGUUCUCACAGGCAGUUUGUCAUCACAAAUAUUGGAGAUUUGAUUUUCCAAAAAAUCACCCAAAAAAAUUGAUUUGGAAAAACUGACAGAAAUUUCACCAUCUGAAAAAGUAAAAUUAUGAAAUUUUAAAUUUGUUUAGAAAUUUUCAUAAAUUAAGCGGUUUACUUGUUUUUCUUUCUAAUCUAGUCUAUGUUGAUUUCGCCAUGAGAAGGGUUUAAUAAAGCAUUUAAUGGAAAUAGGUUAUUAAGACUGUGUCCUCUGGGUGUUUUUGUUGAGAUGUGGUGUCCAGGUGGUGACUGUCAGCUGUCUCGAGCCAGUUUAAAAUGUUACGAGACUCGCCUUGUCCUUACCAAAAUCGGUGUAACAGUUAACAUAGUCCCUCAAAUAUUGCAUAUUGUGUGAAUGUCACAACCACCCCUUGUCCUCACCAAAAGUGAUGUAACCUAAAAACUUUGCUGUUCCAUUUGAAUCAUUGUAGCAACCUUUAGUUUACAGCCAAACAAACUAGCCACGACACCUUGUCAUUGCCAAAAUCGGUGUAAUAGUCUACAUAGUCGUCCAAACACUUGGAUGUUAUCUGGCUGUCCCCUUUGUAAUCAUUGUCACAACCUUCACAAUGCAGACAUCGGCGAGAAAACAGAUGCCCUUCUUCUGGAGUUGCAAAACUAGCAGUGUAGCCGUCAAAACUGUCAUUCAAAUACCAGGGUAUUGGGUGAUAUGAAUAAAGACUAGCAAAUGCUUUUAUCUAAAUCUCCAUGUACAUUUACACUAGGCCUUCCUGUACAAAACCGGAGUAAAAGCAUUUGCUAGUCUUUAUUCAUAUCACCCAUUGUCUGGUUCCCACAGUAAUCACUGUCACAACCUUCAGAAUACAACAACAUGACGGAUUCCUCUCUCCCAGAGUUGAGACACCAGGAGGACAGCAGUACACAUCGUCAUCCAAACACUAGGAGAUUGCAUCGUAGCCUCAUUGAAGUCAUUGCACUUGUCCCUGUCAUCGCAACAGAAGUAGCACUCUGAUGGGUGCUUGUCACAAUGUGUCGUGGUUGUCUUCAGCGCUGACAGUUUCUCGCAGUUGGCCUGGUUCAUGC